CAUGAAUGGAGACGGACUGUUGAAGCAUGGAGUGAGGGGAGAUUGUGCUAAAAAUCCUAACUGAAAUAAACGAUUUUCAAGUUUCAACGUGGCGUGUUGCAGACAUGGAACAUCUCAGACCUGCCGAUCAUGUAGCAUCAGCUCCUGUAGAUUCUCAGCAACCAGGAUGCUCAUCAUACCCAACUUCUGUUCCUGGGCAGUGUACUUAUGUUAUACGUGAGAAGGUUGCGGAACAGACUGGGCAUGAUGCUGUAGACGAGAUUGAAGUUGUUAUAACACCCCGCGAUGCACAGCCCCGUCCUUCAGCAUUAGAACUUCUAGACGAACCUGGAUUCAGUAGAGCUAUUGGACCAUACUGCACCCAAGCUGGAAUAACUCAAGAUCAUUUCACCCAAGAUGACACAGUUAACUUGCCUGUUCAAGCUUCAUUAAAGAAGGGUCUUGUACUUGAACUUAACGGUUACUUGACCAAGAAUCUCAAGUACACACGACGACAAAUAGUAGAUGUAUUGGCAAUGCUGGCAGGUUCGGCUGAUGGUCAACACUUUGAUGGAUUGGAUGACAACUUAAGUGCUCCAACUUUAGAAAGGCGUAAGUGGAAGUUUAAUCUUUCACCCGAGGAGCAGGGAAUGAUCUGGGUGUACAAGGGCCGUCACAACAACUCUCUCAAGGGUCACAUCAACAUCUUUGCCAAGAAGGUGUCCGAGGUCAACCCUUACUGCGUCUUGGUCUUCAAAUUCAACCGGGUGAAGAAGUUCGGAAGCCGCAAAAGGAGAGCUCCCUUUUUCCACGGAAAGGCAGUCUGUAAAUUUGACGGGUGCACGGAGUACGACUUUGUCAUCAAGAAGGCCCAAGUGGCAGGUAAAGAUCUCAAGGUCAAGGUUAGAAUUACUGGAGACAUUAUUCAUGGAAGGGAUUUCCAGCUCCUGCGUCUUGUCAUCGGCGACUCGCACAGAAAUAAUAAGUCUAAGAAAGCAAAACUAAGCCUAAAACAGUUGGUUGCGGAGAGCAGUAGUCAUGUUGAGAAACAGAACGGCUUUCCAAGCCCAUCGUCGUCGGCAAACCAGGCAACUUUCAAUACUUGGGACAACAUUAAAGAGCUACUGAAGGUGAGAGACAAAACCGAAGAGAUGGGAAGCAUUGGAUAUGUCCAGGGUCUGUCCAUGAUCCCCAUUGUUGGGAUCAUCGUCUUCACUGAUGCACAAUUGAAGAUCUUGAUUGAAAAGAUUAAAGAUGAGUUAGUGACACUUCAUCUUGGCGAGACGGUAUUGCAAGUCAAAGACUCUUCCAAUCAAACCUUCAGAAUGCAGUACUGGGCUCUAGUUGUUAGCGGACACGGCAACGAUCCACCACUUCCGUUGGCCGAGUAUAUAUCGCAUACGCAUUCGUAUCCAGAGUUUAUGAACUUCCUCAUGCGAUUUGAAUACGCUGUACAGCAGCUUGAUGAGAGGUACAGCGUGCCUCAUAGGGUCAUCGUGGACUGCAGGUGGGAUGCCAUAACAGCGGUCAUUAAAUCAUUCAAUGUUUUCGGAACAGAGGGUUACCUCCAAAAAGUUUGGGACGGAAGCCUCCCGGCCUGCAAGGUGUACAUCUGCAGUGCACACCUCAUGCACGUCGUCUCGAGACAUCUUGCGGACACCGAGACCAAUCUGAAAACAUUUAUCUUGCAAUGUGUGUCACAGAUGAUAAAUACAUCAUCAAAAGACGACGUAGACACCAUCUUUGGGUUGAUGUGUAAAGUACUGCUGUCUAAAGUUCCUCCUAAAGCAGAGACACUGCAACAGUUAGAGUCCGAAACACCGUUUGAGUACGAUCCAGAGCGAGAUGUGUACAAAGAGUCGGUAUUCCCAGAGGAAAGUGAUGACUGCUCGUGGCUGAAGACAUCUCCAUACUACAGACACUACAAAGCCAUUCAGAUUACCAAUGAGGGCAAGUGGGGUCGGUCUACUGACAAGAAUCCCUACUAUGCGCCAGCGUUUGUACGAUACUUCCUGAAAACAUUCAUGGCAAUCGCUCCACUGUGGACAGGCAUUAUUGAUGCGGCGCCGCCUACGACCAAUGCACCGGUGACGGACUGGUUUCGGACUUUCGAGAGAGAGAUCGAACACGAUGAGAAGAGACUGCGACUGGGGCAGAUCAUCCAAACAAUGGCGGACAGUUUACACGGCAGAAUCAGAGAGUAUCAGCUGGCAUCACUUUCGAAUGCUUUGAGAAGGCCGAAUUACGAUGGAGAGACGGAUCACGCUGGGAGGGAGCAGGGAAACCACCUAAACUCCUUGGAACAGGACUCACCGCCACAAGCCAAAACCAGAACAACCACUGCCCGCCGCAACAAAGCAAAAAGGCUGAAGAAAGAGUGAUGAGGAGGACUGCAAGCUUCCUAAAUACUGCAGGAUUCGUGUAGUCACAGUGCAGAUUCAGUAGUUGCCAGGAACUGAACAUUGGACCAUCUGAUUAAACUAUUUCUUGACAGAUAAAACGUAUAAUGCAGGCCCCGGAAUUUCAUUUUUAGAAAGGUUUUUUUUUUUUGCUUGUUUUUUGUUUUUUUUUGUGCAAAAAAUUGGGACCUGCAGCCGAUUUCACGAAACUUUACGCAACUGCGUAGAUCGACUUGCGCAAGUUGCUUCAUAAAGUUUCGGGAAAUCGGCUACGGGCCUGUAAUGCACA